UCCACAUCUGCUACCAGUUUGAACUGGCCUCGGGAGCCAAGUUCCACAGGGGAGGGGAGGAUUUGCUGUUGGGAAACUCACACCAAGACCUGAGAGAGUCACUUGAUUCAUCAGGACCUGAAUAUUAUCGGCCUUUCAACAUGGAAGCAGAAAGCGCUGCUCACGCUGGGGAGAAACCGUGUAAGUGCAGGGACUGUGGGAAGGGAUUCAAUUACCCAUCUGACCUGGAAACUCAUCGACACAGUCAUACUGGGGAGAAUCCAUUCACCUGCCCUGAGUGUGGGAAGGGAUUUACUCAGUCAUCCAGCCUGCUGACUCGAUCAUUCGACCUACUGACACACCAGCGAGUUCACACUGGGGAGAGACCGUACACCUGCUCUGAGUGUAGGAAAGGAUUCACUCAGUUAUCCAACCUGCUGAGACACCACACUGUUCACAGUGGGGAGAAACCGUACACGUGUUCUGUGUGUGGACGAGGCUUCAGCCGAUCAUCUGACCUGGCAGGACAUAAAUGCAGUCACACUGUAGAGAAACCAUGGAAAUGUGGGGACUGUGGGAAGGGAUUCAAAUACCCAUCUGAGCUGGAAAAGCAUCAGCGCAGUCACACUGGGGAGAGACCAUUCACCUGCUCCACAUGUGGUAAAGGAUUCACUCAGUCAUCCCACCUGCAGAAACACCAGCGAGUUCACACUGAUGAGAGACCUUUUAAAUGCCCAGACUGUGGGAAGUGCUAUAAAAGUUCCGGGGAACUGAUGUUCCAUCAACGUGUUCACACUGACGAGAGACCAUUCAGAUGCUCUCACUGUGGGACUGGGUUCAGGCGAUCAUCUCAACUCAGUGAUCAUCAGCGAGUUCACACUGAUGAGAGAUCA